GAUCUAUUUCUGCAGAACACACAGCAGGUAUCAAGGAAGGACUAACACGUAAUCUCGUGUAAGCACUAACACGGUUCGAUUGUUUUUUGCGGACGCAGCCAAUGCCUGCCGAAUUCCCUCUCGACCGAGAAGGUGCGAGGCAAGAUCGUCGUCUGCUUGAGGGGCACAGGCCUGAGAGUGGAAAAGGGCCUAGAGGUGAAGCGCGCGGGCGGCGCGGCCAUUCUGCUCGGCAACCCACCGGCCUUCGGCACCGAGGUCCCCAUCGAUGCGCACGUCCUCCCGGGCACCGCGGUCUCCGCGGACGACGCCAGGACCAUCCUCGGCUACAUCAAUUCCAGCUCGACCCCGACCGCGAUGUUGGACCGCUUCAGGACCGUGGUGGACGUCCGGCUGUCGCCGGUGAUGGCGCAGUUCUCGUCGCGUGGCCCCAACGUCGUCGAGCCCAACAUUCUCAAGCCGGACGUUACGGCGCCAGGACUAACAUCCUGGCGGCAUGGAGCGAGGCGUCGUCACCGACGAAGCUCGACGGCGACGGCCGCGUGGUGAAGUACAACAUCGUCUCGGGAACGUCCAUGUCGUGCCCGCACGUCUCCGCCACCGUCGUCCUCCUUAAGGCCGCGCACCCCAGCUGGAGCUCCGCCGCAAUCCGAUCGGCCAUCAUGACCACCGCAACAAUCAACAACGCGGAAGGCGGCUCAAUAAUGGAGAGAGGGCAGCCGGGCGGGCAACGCAGCGCGACGGGCGGGGAGGCCCCUUACCACCCCCUGAGAGAGCGGUAA